CAAUGUGAACAAAAUUUCUGUAGUCGUCUGUUUGUGCACAAUGAAAAAAAAAAAUACAACUUUUUAGACGGUCCCUAACUUGUUUGCCACGCUACACUUUAGACAUUCUGGACCCCUUUGGAUGUUCGGAAUAAUAAAAAUAUAGAGGCCAGCGUUGUCAGGAGUGAUUGGAUGUUCUGAAGUGAUCUGAAGGAAACGGACUAUCCAUCUAAGAUGAGUCUCUUGGAGAAACAGAGUGUAAGAUCAGGCUCACGUGGGUCCAGCUCUGUGUCUGUGAAGAGUGACCAUUCAAAAGAUGCUGUGCCACCGGAAAUCACUGAGAAACAAACAUCAUCUGUUAAAAGUGUAAGAUCAGUCUCACAUGUGUCUAGUUCUGUGUCUGUGAAGAGUGACCAGUCAAAUAUUGAACCACCAAACUUCAGUGCGAAAACAUUACCGACCAAAAGUGUAAGAUCAGGCUCACAUGUGUCCAGCUCUGUGUCUGUGAAGAGUGACCAUUCAAAAGAAGAACCACUGAAAUUCAGUGAGAAAAAAACAUCAGCAAACAAAAGGGUUCAACAUGAGAAAUCAGGCACAAAGGUUCAGAAUGGCCACUUCCACAAGAAGUUCAGAGAAAAUCUCCACAGCAUAUUCCAGGAUCUUGAGGACAAAAUAAUAACAUUUUUGAAGUACGAGCUGGAAAAGUUUAAGAAAAUAUUAAAAAAGGAAAACACACAAUACUUUGUGAGAGAUAAAGAUGACUUGUGCAGUAUCAAAGAAGCAGCUCUUGAUCUCGCACUCUACUUCCUGAGAGAUAUGAAGCAAGAUGAAGCUGCUGAUACUCUGGAAGAUAAGCUGGUCUUCAUGCAUCUCAAAUUAAACCUAAAGAAAAAGUAUCAACGUGUGUUUGAAGGAAUUGCAAAGCAAGGUGACGCUACACUUCUGAAUAACAUCUACACAGAUCUCUAUAUCACUCAGGGUUGUAGUGAACAGGUCAAUACUGAACAUGAAGUAAGACAGAUUGAAGUUACUUCCAGGCGUCAUGAAUCACAAGAGAUACAGGUUGAAUGCACUCAUUUAUUUAAAAAAGAAAAAGACAAGAAGAUCAAAACUGUACUAACAAAAGGAGUUGCUGGAAUCGGAAAAUCAGUCUCUGUGCAAAAGUUUGUUUUGGAUUGGGCUGAAGGAAAAGAAAAUCAGGAUAUCAGCUUCAUAUUUCCUCUUCCAUUCAGAGAGAUGAACUUACAGGAUAAAGAAAAACAAAGUUUGAUGGACCUUAUAACUCAGUUUUUCCCAGAGACAAAAGGACUGAACCUUGCAAAGAGGAAUAUGUACAAAGUCCUGUUCAUCCUUGAUGGAUUGGAUGAAUUUCGUCUUCCUCUAAACUUUAAGGAUAAUGAGACAUUGUGUGAUGUAUUGUCACCAGCAUCACUGGAUGUUCUUCUGACGAAUCUCAUCAAGGGAAAUCUGCUUCCUUCUGCUCUCAUCUGGAUCACCACCAGACCAGCAGCUGCCAGUAAGAUUCCUCCUGACUGUAUCGACCGGGUGACAGAGAUACGAGGAUUCAAUGAUGCACAAAAGGAGGAGUAUUUUAAAAAAAGAUUCAAAGAUGAGAAUCAGGCCAAAGAAAUCAUUGAUCAUGUUAAAAAAUCAAAGAGUCUCUUUAUCAUGUGCCACAUCCCAGUCUUCUGCUGGAUUUCAGCCACUGUUCUCCAAAACAUUUUGGAAAUGAAAACAAAUAAUGAUCUGAAGAACAAUCAGUCUACUGACGCCUCCAAAACACUGCAGGAAUCAAACACUGUAGACACUCCUAAGACUCUGACACAAAUGUACACACACUUUCUCCGCUUUCAGAUCCAGCAGAGCAGACGAAAAUAUGAUGGAGAAUACAGACCAGAUGUUUCCUGGGAUAAAGAUGCCAUCCUUUCAUUGGGGAAACUGGCAUUUCAACAACUGGAAAGAAACAAUGUGAUCUUCUAUGAAUCAGACCUGGAAGCCUGUGGUAUUGACGUCUAUAAGGCAUCAGUGUAUUCAGGCAUGUGUACCCAGAUCUUUAAGGAGGAAACAGGGAUCAUUCUUGGUACCAUGUACUGCUUUGUUCACUUGAGCAUUCAAGAGUUCAUUGCAGCCCUUUAUGCACAUCUGUUUCUAGACAUCAACAAGAAAAGUGUGUUUGUUCAUGAGUCUACAAAACAAGACAGCAAAAAGGAAACCUUGACUGAUUUGCUCAAGACUGUAGUUGACAAAGCGCUUGAGAGUGACAAUGGACAUCUGGACCUUUUCCUUCGUUUUCUUCUUGGCCUGUCAAUCCAGUCCAAUCGGCUGCUGUUACAAGGUCUGUUGACACAGCAAGAUGGAAAUGACCAAAGCAAAAAGGAAAUUGUUCAGUACAUCAAGCAGAAAUUUGAAGCUAAUCUGUCACCAGAGAGAUCCAUCAAUCUGUUCUACUGUCUGAAUGAACUGAAUGACCAAACUCUGGUCAAAGAGAUUCAGACUCACCUUAGCAAAGGCAGUCUCUCAUCUGCUGAUCUUUCUCCUGCCCAGUGGUCUGCUAUGGCCUUUGUGCUGUUGACAUCAAAGGAAGAGAUGGAGGAGUUUGAGCUUCAGAAAUUCAAGAAAUCAGAUGAGUGUCUUAUUAGAUUAUCAGCAGUCAUCAAAAACUCCAAAAUAGCUCUGUAAGUCAUUCAAUACAAUUUGGUUAUUUAGCAUUUUUUUGUUAGUAGCAGAAGAACAUAAUAUUUAUUAUAAAAACAUUGUUCCAUUGUUAUUUUCACUCCAAUAUGAAGUUAUUGUUUACCUCAACUUCCUAAUUUAAGUCUUCUUUUGUUUGAAUGAUAAUUCAAACUUCUCAGUGUUCUAAUAAUUAACCUCCAUAUUCUCCACCCCAAAAAACAAUGGAAUGCUUUCAAAUAUAAAACUCAAUGUCAGUAAAGUUAUAAACCUCAAAAUGGUAUUCUUAUUUGGAUUAUGUAGAAAAUUUGUCACUUAAUCAAAAAUACUAGUCAUUUUGUAGUUGCAAUGUCAGUCUAGCCUACCAAUCUUACAAUAUUGUUAAUGAUCAUGUAAGAGUAAAAGAUGGAUAAUACAUAGGGGUGUGACGAGACACUUAUACCAACUGAUGAGAUGAGACACGAGACUGGGUUCACAAGAAUGAGACAAGACGAUAUUUUUAGACUUUUUUUU